AAUGUAUCAAUCAAACAAGCAAAAACAGUUGUUAGAGCAAAUAGUUGAAGCACUAAGAUGGCAUUAAAUCAGGAAGAGGUGAAGCUUUUUGGACUUGUGGGAAGUCCAUUUUCAACAAGGGUGGAGAUUGCUCUCAAGUUGAAGGGUGUUGAAUACAGAUAUGAGGAAGAAAAGGUUGGGAAUUUGAGUGAUACAGUCAUUAAAUACAACCCUGUUUAUAAGAAAGUUCCUGUAUUAGUUCAUAAUGAUAAACCUAUAGCAGAAUCUCUUGUGAUUAUUGAAUAUAUUGAUGAGACUUGGAAACAAAAUCCAAUCUUGCCUUCUGAUCCUUAUAAAAGAGCCUUGGCACGUUUCUGGUCCAAGUUUAUAGAUGAUAAGUGUAUGAUUCCUGCAUGGAAAACUGCUUUCACUCUUGAUGAGAAGGAACGUGAGAAGAGUUUUGAGGAAACAGAAGACGCUUUUCAAUUUCUUGAGAAUGAGCUCAAGGACAAGUUCUUUGGUGGAGAUGAUAUUGGACUUAUUGACAUUACUGCGGUCUUCAUAGCUUUUUGGUUCCCUAUUGUACAAGAAGUAACAGGAUUGAAGUUGUUCACAAGUGAGAAAUUUCCUAAGCUUUACAAUUGGAGUCAAGACUUCAACAACCACCCAAUUGUCAAGGAAAACUUGCCUCGUAGAGAAGGACUUUUGGCCUUCUUCAAAGCUCGUUAUGAAAGUCUUGUUGCUUCAAAAUAGAUUAAUUUUAGUCAUAUGUUUUGGGGAGAUUUAAAGAGAUAUGUUUAAACUACUUGUUUGUCAUUUAGUUGUUUAUGUUUGAUUUUUCAUGUCAAAUUAGAUAUAUUGAGCCUUGGAUUUCAGUUUGUAAUAAAAUUUCCAUGGGGAUUAUCCCUCAUGGAAGUAUAAUGAGAGGGUAUGAUGUCUUAUAUUUUGCUC